AUGCUCUACGACGUCCUCAUCAUCGGCGCAGGCCCCGCGGGUCUCUCCGCGGCGCUCUGCCUGGCCCGCACCCUCCAUACAGCCGUCGUCUUCGACUCGCAGUCCCAGCGCAACCGUCCCGCGGCGCACCUGCACGCCGUGCUCACCUGGGAUCACCAACCUCCUGCGCAGUUCCUCACAGACGCCAAAGCCAACCUUCUCACGCGCUAUCGUACCAUCCAAUUCCAUGACGCCAACAUUCAAAGCAUCGAGCAGACCCCGCAGGGGCUCUUCCACGCUCGCGACCACACCGGAGCCGUCUGGCGCGGCCGGAGCGUCCUCCUCGCCAUGGGGGUGCGUGACAUCCCGCCCGCGAUUGAGGGGUACACUGAGUGCUGGGCGAGUGGAAUCUUUCACUGCCUCUUCUGCCACGGGUACGAAGAGCGAGGCGCGGAGUCCUGUGGGGUGCUCUGCGCCGGGGAGCUGCUGGCCGCUGGGCCCGUGGUGCACAUGGCCCGACUGGCCGCACGGUUGGCCAAGCGGGUUACCCUCUACACGAACGGGGAGGGGGGCGAAUUGGAGGAGCAUAUCCGGGGCCUCUUGCGGCCAGACGAGCUAGCCAGGUUCGUGGUGGAUUCCCGACGCAUUGUGCGCAUGGUUAAGGGCGAAGUAGCCUCGACGGUGAUCCUGCAGUUCGCGACGGGCGAGCCGGUGGUGGAGGGGUUUGUGGUCAAUCGACCCAGGACAGAGCUCCAGGGAGCGCAUCUAGUGGCGCAGCUGGGCUGUCGGCGCACCCCCCACGGGCUGAUUGAGGCUGCCGAGCCCUUGUAUCAGUCUUCGGUAGCGGGGGUGUUUGCGGCCGGAGAUUGUGUCGCGCUGGGCAAGACCGUGACAAAUGCGAUGGCCACGGGAGCAUUUGCGGGGGCAGGGUUGGCGGCGCAGUUGGGGGCCAAGGGAGAUGCUAGAUCUGAGUGA